AUGACGACCGUGUGCCAAAGUCUUUUAUCAACUUUACGAACUUCUACCUUUCAGAUAGGAAAUAUAAUCAACGGAUUGAUACUCACAGAUGAUGACAUUGAUAAAAUCCGAAAUGUUUUCUUGGACGAACUGGAAAAAGGUCUUUCCGAACAACCUUCAUCAUUACAAAUGGAAAACACAUACAUACCCGAACUUCCCUCAGGUUCAGAAAAUGGUAAAUUUUUGGCUGUGGAUUUAGGUGGUACAAAUUUUAGAGUCCUUCUCGUCGAAUUCCUCGAUGGAGUACUCAUUGAUUCUUCUGUUAAAAAUUACAACAUAGAAGAAAAUCUCAGGCUAGGUUCUGGUACGGACCUGUUUGAUUAUAUUGCCCACUGCGUACAAGAUUUUCUUAUUGAAAAACAAUUAAACGAUUAUGAAAUAACAUUGGGUUUUACGUUUUCCUUUCCUAUGAAGCAACAUUCUCUCUGUUCUGGAGUUUUGGUCAACUGGACAAAAUCAUUUAAUUGUUAUGGAGUUAUCGGAGAAGACGUCGUCGAACUUUUUAACAAAUCAUUAAUAAAAAAAGGUUGCAACAAUGUUGUUGUCAACGCCAUAUUGAACGAUACGACGGGGACUCUUAUGAUGGGAGCUUUAAUAGAUAAAAAUGUAUCGAUAGGUUUGAUUAUAGGAACCGGAAGUAAUGCUUGUUACAUGGAAAAAGCGGAUAAAGUUAAACAUUGGGAAACAGUAAGACACGGAGAAAAAGAAGUUGUUAUUAAUGUCGAAUGGGGUGCUUUCGGUGACAACGGAGUUUUAGAUUUUAUCAAAACGGAAUAUGACGUGCAAGUAGAUAAAAAUUCCCUCUUGACGAGUUCUUACACGUUUGAAAAAUACAUAAGUGGAAAAUAUUUAGGAGAAAUCGUUAGAAUAGUUUUAGUUAAAUUAAUUAAAGAGGGUUUGUUGUUUAAUGGAAAACUUUCGAAAAUUUUAAACGUGCCCGAUUCGUUUUCAACAGCGUUUGUUUCGAUAAUCGAAGAAGAGAAUCUAGUCAGCGAUUCGACUCAAAAUACUCAACAAAUAUUACAAGAAUUAGAAAUAGAUAAUUACACCGAAGAAGACCUCAAUGUUGUACAAUACGUUUGCCACGUUAUUUCUCAUAGGUCGGCCAUAUUGGUCGCCACUUGUCUCGCUAUAUUAAUCGAUAGAGUCGAUAAAAACGAUGUGACCAUAGCUGUCGAUGGAACGGUUUACGAAAAACAUCCAUCUUAUAAGACGAUGCUUGAAAAAUAUCUUAAAAGAAUGACAAAAAGAAAAUUUAAAUUUUUAAGAGUUACGGAUGGAAGUGGAAAAGGUGCUGCCGUUACAGUCGCCAUUGCAAAUAAAUUAAAUGAACAUUUUAAAGAUCCUUUACGAUGA